AUGAUCGAUUGGGUAACUAUUUUGAUUGCGCUGGCCAUCAUAGCUGCGUUAGUUGCCGGCUUCGGAUUCGUGGCAUGGAAAAUCAACAUGUCCGAUCCGUUAACAACGGACAAUUUAACUGGUAAAAAAGAUGAGACAAGUCAACUUUUUGACUCAGUUAGUGAUAAGAAACGUAAGGAUAAGAACACAAACGAGCAAAAGAAGAAAAAACGCAAUGUUCAAAAGAAAUCGAAGCGUGAUAGCAAAGACGACGAGGAAUCUCAACAUGUCACAUUUAAAGAACCAUCAACACAAACAAGCGAAGAAACUGAUAAUGAACGUGAAGAGAGCGAGCAGGAAUCCUCAUCGACUGCAGCAACAUUGAUGCCAACAGUCGUCGGUGCUUCCUCGAAAGCUCGUAAACGUAGAAAUAAAGCGCGCGCAGGAACGCCGCCACCUUCAUCUGGUCCCGUCGAAGGUAUUUUGCAUAAUAAAGACGAGAAGAGUCCAGUUACUAGCCGAGCUCCACCACUUGCUCAUCCAAAACUAGUUAGCGGAGUACCGAAAGAUGAGGUGGAACUAGCGAAACAACACCAUCAACAAGGAAAAGCGCAAGUUAAACCAUCCCACGCAUCAAACAAGCAAACUGUACUCGGUCCUGUUACAACCGUUAAAAAGACGGCACCACAACCAUCAGCAACAAAUGCUAAUCAAAACGCUCAAAAGUUACAACAACAACAACAACAACAACAGGAACAACCAUUCACUACUGUAGUUGGUAAAGGACAUAAAGGCCCAGCUCAGCAGCAGCAGCAGCAGCAGCAGCAGCAACAACAACAACAACAGCAACAAACGAAAUCCACGGCUACACCUUCCACCCCAGCACCGCCUGUACCUGUCCCUACUCCUCAACAGCAAGCUCCAGUUCAAGUUCAACAAGAACCAUUAGCUCAACGUCAACCGGUUCGUCAACAAAAGGAAACAUCAGCUCAAGCUAACGGAUAUAAUUCAAAUUUCCUACCUGUCAAACAAUCAACUGCUCCCCAAACACCUAAACUCGCUGAUUUAGUUAAGGCUCUUCCUACCUCGCAAGUUGUCGUUACUGAGCUCAUGUCAGCACUUGAUGCAUUUCCUUUAACAACCGAUGAAUUAAACAUAAUCAUGCAGAAAAUCGCUAAUAAACAAUCGCUUAUCAAACAAGAUUGGUCAAAAUUACAACAUGGUCAACGAGUCGAUCCUCAAGCACAUAUCGGUCAAGUGUUGGAUGAGUCUGCUCGUGCCUAUGAAGAAGAUUUGAAGACAAAUGCGAUGAAACGUAUCAAAGAGUUAACAGAAGAAGCACACAAUGACAAACGUCGUAUAAAUGAUUUAAUCAAAGAAGCGAACGAGAAAGAUAUGAACAUUCAAGCUCUUCGCUCUCAAUUGAAUUCACUUCAACAUCAACAUCAACAUCCUCAACAACAACAACAGCAAUUUCAGACAUAUGAGGUGGAGUAUCGACGACUUGCAGAUGAAAACAUGCAGUUGAAACAGCGCUUAGCUCAGCAACAGCAACACUUUCAACAGCAACAACAUCUGUCGUCAUUAAACUUAAUCAAUAACAAUAACUCCGAUCCUACAAACGUUCAGGCCCGUGUCGUCAGUGAUCAAAUUAAGAAAUUGUCCAUUGACAACGGUAAAUUAGAAAAGCAACUAGCGUCGAAAGAUGUAGCAAUUCAAGAAUUGCAGAAGGAAAGAGAUUCUUUGAUUCAUUCGAAUCAGCAAUUAUCUCAAAAAGUUCAAGAAAGUCAAAAACAAUUUCAACAUAACGAGAAGAUCCUGAAAGAAUUCAACGAGAAUCGCACAUUGCAUGUCAAUCAAUUGAAUGAAUAUAAGCAUCGGAUAGAAGAGUUAGAAUCAAAAAAUGAGCAACUACGUCAAGCGGAACUUGCUCGUGUUGAGUCAACUAAUCAGUCAACGUUGAAUAAUGACGAACGUCAGAAAUUUGAGCAAAAUAUUAAUCAAUUAGCGCAAGAAAAUGAACAAUAUAAAAAGAAAUUUGAUGAUAUACUAUCACAAAAUCAAUCGAAAGAAAACGAAUUACGGCAGGAAAUCGACCAGCUAAAGAGCAAGGCUCAACGAGAAGAAUCUCUUGCCAAGGAAUUAAAUGAAAAGAAUACCCAACUGGAAUCACUACGAAAUGAACUCGAAGAAGUCAAAUCAAGAAAUGAUACAACAAAUUCGCAAUUGGACGAACGCGUUCGAGAGGAGCAUGAGAAACAGAAACAGUUUCUUGUUAAUCUAUUAGAAGCAGAUGUUAGAAAUCAGUUGCCAAACGAUAAUCAAGAUUUCAAUCAAUGGCUUUCAUCAUAUCAACAACUAUUCGCAUCCAGUAACGAAACAAGCAAGCGUGCUGUGCAAGCAGAAUUUGACAAACUUAAACAUGAAAAUGAUCAACUUCAUAAAAAUAUGAGUGAUGUGGAAACUCAGUUGAAAGACAUUGAACAAACAGUGCAAAGUAAAGAAGAAGUUUUACUUGCCGAUCUUAAGAAUAAAGAUGCAAUACUUGAAAAUAUUCAACAAGAGAAUGCACAACUAUCGAGUGAAAUGCAGCACCUUCGUGCCGAAAUUGAUCGUUUGCAAUCAAUUAAUCAAACCGUUCUACAAGAAAGUCAAGAUUUAAAACGUCAACUUGACGAACGACCUCUUCUUCACAACAAUCAGAGUUCAUCAUCGAACGCUGAUGCUUUAUUUCCAUUGAUAAAACAGACACCAGUAUCUCCAAUUAAGGGUGCGACACGCAUUGAUCAAUUGCAUGAACUAAUUCGAUCAGGCAAAGAAGCUCUUGAAAACCAAGACUCAAUUGUUCAACAGCUCGAUAGACACUUGAACGAUAUGCACCGUAGUGGAACCGGAGAGACAUUGGAGAUAAAUGCUGAUGAAGCAACAGCGUUAUCUUCUCCGUCUCCGUCCAAUCAAGACCCAACGCCAUCGGAGUCUUGA